AUGAGACUUCCGCUCCGGCGGCAGGCCAGCAGCAACCGCUGCGUCGGUUUCCGUCGUACCCGCAAAAACUCCCGCUACCUGUUUUGCCCGCGCAGGGAUGAUCAAUCCAUCUCUUUCAACGCAGUCACUCCCAGGGAGCCGGGGUACUACACAGACAGUGGCUGCAUGAGGGACCUCGAUGGCAUUUCUCGCGACGGCGCGAGCGAGACUCGUGUUCUCGGCCGGUUUCAAGGAUCUGGACUACAUAGUCAAGCGUUUGUCCGUUGCCGGAGUGAUGAAACAUCCGCACCCAUUCUCAGGUGUAAACUCGCACCACUUUCGGAGCAAAGCAGCGCCGAUCCUGGGGCGUGUCGCCUGCCUUGGAAUCCGUGCCGCUGCCGUGCGUCAACUUUGUCCGCGCGUUGCUCUUCCGCCCUGCCUUCUUCUGCAGCCUGCUUCUCGUCUCCGUCACGUCUGCGUCGCUCACCUCUUCUCUCUUCCGCAGUCCAGUCCGUUCUGCUACACGGAUGGCUGUCUUCGCCACCACAGUUUGUGUACUGUCGUCGUUUUGGCUCUCUGGCUAGUCGUCCUGCACCGGCCGACUCUCCAGAUCGUCUUUCUUCCCCUGCAUGUGCACGCCUGCCGACCUCGCGGACGUCGCGCGAGGCUGUGUCGUCUUCUCCUUCUCUCUGCGCGUGGACUCUCUACCCUCCUGGUCCGCCUGCUCCGCCCACUGAGCCUUCCCGCCACUGCCAGCGCGAGCGUGGCGCUGCCCAUAGAGACCCUCUCCCUAGGCCGCGUUCAUUCUCUUCCAUGGCUGGCGCGCGCGCUCAGGCGGAGUCGCUUGAACGCGAAUGCCAGGAGCUGGUGAGCUCUGCGCGGGCGCACGACGUGGAACAGGCGGCUGACGGCGACGGGCUUCUCGCGUUGGAGCAGCCCGCCGCCAACGCCCAACAGAACUCAGAAAGCCACCCUGAAGGCGCCGCAGAAGACCAAGGCGACAAGUCUCAAGAGAACUCUCAGUCGCGCCAGGCUCGGCGUCGGUUGUUAAACGUUGUGAACAGAGUUCAGACACACGACGUUUUGAGCGGCCUCGAGGUCACGGGUCUAGACUGGGAAGGGCGCGGCGUGGUGCGGCUACUCGUCCGUGCGUGGCGCCAAACCUUCUCUUUCGCUUUUUUUCGAGCUCUUCCUGGAGAGAAGCUAGCGCUCCGCAUAGACCGGACAAAGGCGCGUGAAGGCCGGAAGCUCGACGUCUCCCCUUUAGGCACAUGCAAUCCCUCUGACGACGAACGCCAGCCCGUCUGUCGGCAUUUCGAUCGCCACUGCGGUGGAUGCGGCCUUCUGCACCUGAGCUACGAAGCCCAGCUGAGAGAGAAAAUGGCGCUCUUGGUCUCGACGGCGUCACGGGAAACGGUUGGAGGGGCGAAUUUACGGGAGGCCCUUCGGCCUGUAGUGCCCUCGCCAAAUGAGAUGAUGUACAGAAACCGCUCGGACUUCCUGUUUCUGCUGAAGAACGGCCCGCAGCUUGGGCACUUUCGUUUUGAUUCGCCUCACGUCGUCGACAUUCCGCAGUGCCCGAAGCUGAUGCCAGCGGGUCGCCGGGUGUACAAAGCGCUUCGGGAGAAGCUGCUGCCUAUGAUAAAGGAAAGCAAGGAGCUAACGAUUUUCAACCGUCUGUCGGGUGUCGGGCUUCUCAAGGGAGUCCAGAUUCGAUCGGCUGCGGAUGAGGAGGGAGUCGAGCGUGUCUUGUUGGGACUCGUAUGCUCCCAAACGCUGUCCCUCCCCCCAGCGCUUUCGCGUCUUGCCGAAGAUCUGCUUGAGGACAGCGGUCCGGUCCUUGCAGGAGUCGUCGCGGCCCCCAUGGCCACCCCGCACCAAGAGCCCUCCGAUUCAGACGAAGUCGUUUUGGCGGGCUCUGACCACGUCAUUCAGAGUCUGGGUCCCGCCGGACGGAUGCACAUUUCACUGAGGACGUCGUUUCCGACGAAUGGACUCCUCCUGGAGAGCUUCUGCAAGGCGGUCAUCGAGGCGGCGGCUCCCCAGCCCCAGCACGUCGUCUGGGACAUGUUUGCGUCUUCGGGCCUGUUUUCUCUCCUCUUCGCAAGACAGUGCAAGAAGGUAUUUGCAUUCGACAGCCGACUGGAGAACAUCGCCGAGAUGGAGACCAACCUGUCUCUCAACGAUGUUGAAAACGUUUCUGCCUACCACGCCGACCUCUCGUCUCGGUUCACAUACAAUGCCCUUUCAAGGCAUGUCCCGUCCAACUCUGUCGGAGGCGUGCGCGGCGAAGAUGAAGAGCUAUUUGACGGGGAGUCGAACGAAAGGCGCGAAGCUACGAAAGCACUGCCGUAUCCUCAAAAAAUCCCGGGUCUGUAUGAUUCUAAAGAGGAAAAUCGGCGGCGGCAGGCGCACCUUAACCGCAUCGCUCUCGAAGCUCUCAGAGUUCUUGACCAAGAAGAACUAGAGGACAAAAGUGACGAGACGAAACGGAGUUCCGUAGACACCCGGUCUGCAGAGUCCAGUGACAAAAAAUCCCGUAACGACAAGUCGAUGCAAGAAGACGGGCGAACAACAGGCGGGGCCGAAAACGGGGAUCGAUUUUUGGACGCCGUUGAGUUCAGUGGCCUGGAGCAGCCCGAUGUCCUGAUUUUGCAGCCUCCACGCUUGGGAUGCGAUAAGGCUUUGAGAAGAUGGUUACGGCGCACGAAAAUUCCUCGAAUCGUGUACAUCUCACGCCAUCCGCCCUCCAUGUUCAGGGACAUUGGACCUUUGACUUAUCUGGGGUACAAGCUUGAUGCAAUCCAGCCCCUCGACAUGUUCCCACACUCAGUUCUUGUCAUGUGUGUCGCCUCUUUGACGUACGUCGGUCGCGCACCUGAUCUUUUCACAGAGCAAGAGGGUUCUUGA